UACGCCGGCGAGAUGGGAGAAGAGUGUAAGGGCGACGCGAACGGCGGCGGCGGCGGCGGGGUCGUCGACCCGGCGGCGAUCGAGAAGCUGUACGAGGACGUGCCGCCGAUGCCGCUGAUGGCGCUGAACCACAUCUCCCGCCUCUGCAAGUCCGUCGACGCCUCCGUGCGGUUCUACGUCAAGGCCCUCGGCUUCGUCCUCGUCCACCGCCCUCCCGCGCUCGACUUCUCCGGCGCCUGGCUAUUCAACUACGGUGUCGGGAUCCAUUUGGUCCAGCGAGACGACGCUCCGCGAGCCGCCGACGUCAACCCCGGCGAGCUCGACCCCAUGGAUAACCACAUCUCGUUCCAGUGUGAGGACAUGGGCGCCUUGGAGAAGAGGCUCAAGGAGAUGGGGAUCAGGUACAUGAAGAGGACCAUCAACGAGGAGGAGGGGUCGCCCAUCGACCAGCUCUUCUUCAAGGACCCCGACGGCUUCAUGAUCGAGAUCUGCAACUGCGAGAACCUCGAGCUCGUCCCCGCCGGCGCGCUCGGCCGCCUCAGGCUUCCCCGCGACCGCCACAACCCGCCGCUCCGGAUGGACGGAGCAGAGUAGCUGCAAGCCAAACGAAGAACGUAGCUUAGUGUUGUUACCAAAUAUUACAUGUUCUAGUUUUCUGUAGCGAGUUUUUCUUGUACCCCAUCUUGUGUGUUCUCCAAUUUGCGCCCUCUUUGUCGUUGGUUACGCCUGGUUGGGGAAAAAUAUUAGCCGUAGUACUAAUUUUCGGUGGUUAGCCAAAAGAAGCACGUGUUGUCAACGGGCAGCUUAAUUAGCUAGUGUCGUAGUUAGGUGUUGUUGGCUUGUACUAUAGUAGUUUUCUGUAGCGAGUUUGCAUUUCCA